AUGAGCGAAGUGGGUCCCUCCUCUUCGGAAUGCGGCGACGCGGGGUCGGCGGCCACGGAGGCUGGAGAGGCGUCCGAGCCUCAGGGCUGGCCCCCAGCGGCAUCGAUGCGGUGGCUCGUGGUGGGCUGCGCGAACGGGCAGCCGUAUCUUCAGGGCCCCGCGGCGGAGGGCGGCUGGCAGGGCGAGCCGGUGUGGGCACCCAGUCAAUGUGUGGAGCUGGACCCGGCGUGGCUGGAGAGAUGGAUGGCCGGGGAGGGCCCGCAGCUGGCCUGGGCAGGGGCGGUGGCCAACGCCGGCACUGUGGCCUGGGGCCAGCAGUCAACCGGGGCGGAGGAGGGGCGGGGCGGGCGGGGCCGCAUGCCCGGGGAGAUGUCGCCGCCGGCCGGCCGGGACGAGCAGCACGGGCAGCAGGUCAAGGAGGAGCGCAGGGAGCGCAACCGGAAGGCCCAGAGGGUGUUCCGGGAGAAGCAGAAGAAGAUCGAAGCCGAUCUGAACGCCCAACUGAAGGAGCUCGGCGGCAAAGUGAGGCUCGGCGGGGGUGGGUGGGAAAGCCUGGGGUCGGAUCUUCUGCUGACUGCCAGGAGUGUGGGAGGAGCGGACUGGGAGCGGUGA